CUAAUUUAUUCUCAGUGACUAGUGGGUCCUCCUCAACCUCGAAAGAAGAAAAAAAAAAAACCGUUCCCCUUAUAAAUACCAUCCUAACAAAACUAACUUCUCCAUUAAGAAUAUCACUAACAAUCAUCAAUCAACAGAAUCGAGUGGAGUGAUCGCAACAUGGCGAAAUUGAAGAUAGCAGGAACAUGGUCAGGUGUAUUAGAAGAAGUUGAUUUAGAGAAUUGGACAAUUUCUUCAUUACGUGAAGAAGUUGCGAAGCGAUCCAAUUGCGAUAACCCUCACUUCAUUAACCUUAUUUGUGCUGGUAGAAUUCUCAAAGAUGAUGAUAAAACCCUAACCCUAACCCAAUUAGGUAUCAAAAAUAACUCCAAGAUUCUCGCUACUGUUACUUCUCCUCAACAGAGUCAGUCUCUUGUUGUUGAGGAACAAAGCUCUCAUAGGCUUGCUCGUAUUAGGGCAGCUGCAACUGCAUUGGCUGAAAGGCAUGCUGAUGGUUCAUUACCUCUUGAAGACUUUAACAUAGAAGUUGAAGAUCAAAGUGGACAGAAAGUACGUUUAGGAACAGAGAUUGAUCAGAGGGCAGUAAUGAUGGGACUGAUGCUUCAUGCAAAGGGGAAGCGUUUUAUCAGAAAGGGAAAUUACAAAGAUGCACUUGAAGUGCUUACCAUGGGAGAGGAGUCAUUCUCUAUUUGUGAUCCAAAAGUUAUUGAGCUUAUUGACAAUGUUCCGAUACUGCAAAUUGACAUGGUAUGGUGCUACUUCAUGCUACGGGACAUUAGAUGGUUAUCAGAUGCUGGAAAGCGCCUUGAAAUGGCUAGGGCAGGAAUUGAACGUGCUCAUGGGAAGGAUUCUCUCCGCCUCAGACUCUUACAAGGUGGUCGCUAUCCAGAGCUUGCACUGCAUUUGAGACUAGAGCUGCUUGAAGGGGUGGUGGCAUUUCAUUCUGGCCAGUUGGAGAAAUCAAGGCAAGCAUUAGCCUCUGCAAAAGCGAAGUUUGUUCAGCUGCAAGUGCCAGAUGAGGCCUUAUCACUUGUUAUGAGUAUGGGCUACACUCAAAGGGAUGCAAAGAGAGCACUGCGAAUGAACAAUCAAGAUGUUGGGGGUGCCAUUGAUUUCCUUGUUGAGGAGAAGGCAAAGAAAAUGCAAAAAGACGAGGAAGAUUUAAAAAGAAGAGAUGAAAUUAGGGAGCAAAAGCAGUAUGGGGUGACCCCCUUAAAGAAGGCCGUGGAUCUGGAGAGACUGAACGAAUUGGUCACUAUUGGGUUUGAGAAGGAGCUUGCUGCUGAAGCCCUUAGAAGAAAUGAAAAUGAUACUCAGAAGGCAUUGGAUGAUUUGACGAAUCCAGAAACUAAUUCUCAUUUACAGGUUAAGAUCGAGUCAAGGAAAAGGAAAAGACAGCAACAAGCAAAAGAUUCUGCAAUUGAGAAAGUUGUGCAAAUGGGUUUUGAAAGAUCGAGAGUGGUCGCUGCUUUUGAAGAAGGCGGCAAUUUAGAAGAAGUAUUGCAAAGACUGACAGCACAACCUCAAGUUAAUUCAACUGCUGCUUUUGAUGGUAUUGGAAGUUCAUCUAACCCUUUACCAGAAAAUGUUGGUUCUGAUAUUCCAGACCAAAUGAAUGAGGUUGAGGAUCAAAAUAAAACAGAAGAAAGAGAUGUGGAGAUGGAAGAUGAGCUUUCUGCAGAUAUAGCUAAAGGAGAUGCCUUUACUGAUUAUGACAUUGAAGUUAAUAUUGAAGGGGAAGCCAUAACUGAGUACUUGUCUAUGGUUGAGUCUGCAGGUAUUGCUUCCAAAUAAGAAGAUAUUUGAAGACUAAUUAUCAGUUUAUGUAAAUAGCAGGAUUAUAAAGACAAUGAAUGUGUUUCUGCUCUAUGAUGCAGGGAUCUCAUGUAAAUAUCUAGAUGGGUAUAUUUGUGCUCAUAACCUAGGGUUUUUAUAAUAAUUAGUCGAUAGUCGAUAUAAUAUUAAAUACUUAAUUUGCUUUCGAACUAUCUAAAAAGUUUAAGGGAAAAUUUUCAAAAACAUAAUGUUGUCAGGCUUAAGUGUUGAACGACAUAACUGUUUGACAACAUGUUGCUGAGAUUGUUCUCAAAGUAGGUGGAUAUUUCUUUCUUUCUAUGUAAUCAAAAGAAUUCCGAAAAGAGUAUGAAAUUCUUCACGCAAGUCAUAGAAUUUAUGUAAUCAUAAACUUGUAAUCA